GGUGAAGAAAGUGCUGGGGGCCCAGAAUGAGACCCCAAGUACCCCACAGAAAAGCCCAUAUUGAAUAGAGUCUUUAGAGGAGCAUAGAGCCCAGUUAGAUUCUUCAAUCACGGACAUAAAGAAGUCCGCUUCCAUCUCUCUUUGAAGAAGCCCACAAUCCAUAAAUUCAAUCACGCCCAACCUCAAAGAGGAUAACCAGAGAGAGAAUUGUUAGACAAAAGCCCCGUUGAAACGGAGUCAGGCGGGAACGUAAAACUCAAAGAGAAAAGUCGGAGAUUCUGCGGAAAUCGGAGGGAAAUUGGAAGAUGAGAGCGGUAGGAGGGCCUUUGCUGUGCAUAGGCGAUCUGCUGAGCGAUCUUGGAGAAGAAGAAGAAGAAGCAGCCAAUGAUAUUGCAGCACAUGAUCACCGUCAAUCCUCGCCAAUUCCUAGUUAGGAAGAUGUCUGUCAAUUCUCCUUGGACCUCACUGAACUGUUUCAGUUGUGCAGUGCUCUGGAAACUGCAAAUAAGUUGGUCCAGUCUACCAAUGCAAAUGUUAGUUUGCUGUCUGAGAAGUUUGGGGAGCUCGAGGGAAUUCUCAAGAGGGGCGAUUUAGCUGUAUCUGCCGCCAAGGCUGUCCAUCUCUCUCUAAACCAAAAUGAAUGACCGUCCAUUGGCAGUCCCAAGUGUUAGAUGACCAGAUCUGGGACUGGACACUGGACAGGUUUAUUUACUCAACCAGGAUUGGAUGGCCAUCAACUAGUGAAGACAAAAAGACAAUUGUGGAUGAAUUUAUUACCGCGGCAAUGCAAAAAUACAAGUACCCUUGGACUGUUUCUGGCCCUCCGAUACAAAUCUUUGAUUGUGGAAACGAGCUAUGCAAUGGAGCCAUUUUGAAUCUGAAGUUCGGAACGGAGGGCGGGCGUUACCUGGAGACUUGGAUGCCUGGAUCUGAGGGACAGACAUGUCUGAAUCAUCACUAUGCCGGGCUGCCGGCUGAUGCAUUAACCAAAAAACAACUACUAAUGCUCCUUUCAACAACUUAUUCAAACUCAUAUAUAUAUAUAUGUAUAUUUAUAUAUGUGUAUAUGUAUAUUUAUAUAUGUAUGUAUGUAUUUUCGAGUCCUUCCUUCAUUACUUACCAAAAAAUGAAGUUUCUUUCCUUCAUCAUGUAGUAAAACUUCACUGUCGCUGUUGAAGUACCA